AUGACGAGGAUGGGGCGAUGGCACGUGGCGCUGGUCGCGCUGGCGGCGCUCCUGGGCGCGGGCGUCAGCGCCGCCGCAGAGCAGAUGCAGUCCCGCGCCGUCGACACUGGCGUCGACCUUCGAGUGCCCGAAGACCAGCCCGUUGGCACCGUUGUUGGCAGGAUUCCCACUAAACCUGGUUUCACUUACCGUUUUAAUGAGCCUCCCAAGGAAUUUGUCCUGGAUCCGGUGUCUGGUGAGAUCAAGACCAACUUGGUUCUCGAUAGGGAAACAGUAGACCGUUAUGCGUUUGUUGUGCUAUCUAGCCAACCAACUUAUCCAAUAGAAGUGCGAUUACGGGUGACAGAUGUGAAUGACAAUUAUCCUGAGUUCCCCGAACCGAGUAUAGCGGUUGCGUUUUCUGAGAGUGCUGCAGCUGGGACAAAGUUAUUGCUCGAUGCAGCCACCGAUAUGGAUUUAGGAGAAAACGGUAUCACCAAUGAUUACAGAAUAGUUGAUGGUGAUACUGAAGGAAAGUUUCGGUUGAACGUAACUGUGAAUCCAAGCGGUCAGACGUCUUAUUUACAUCUAGAGACAACGGGGAAGUUAGAUCGAGAAACCACCGACUUUUAUAUCUUAAACAUAUCAGCACGUGAUGGUGGAAAUCCUCCAAAAUACGGGUAUCUACAAGUGAACGUUUCUAUUUUAGACGUUAACGAUAAUCCUCCAAUAUUCGAUCAGAGUGACUUUUCAGUGUCUCUAAAUGAGAGUGUACCACCGGGAACUACUGUUUUGAAAGUAACAGCCACGGAUAGUGAUUUGGGUGAUAAUAGUAAAAUUACUUAUGAAGUGACCGAUACGGAGAGACAAUUUGCAGUGGAUCCUGAGUCUGGAGUGAUUACAACUACAAAGAAGUUAAAUUGCCCUAAGUAUUGCAGUAACACUACUUGUAACAUGACUUGCGUUCUUACUGUUAUCGCGAAAGAUCAUGGUGUGCCGCGGCAAGAUGCACGGACUUACGUCACUGUCAAUCUAAUUGACGCCAAUGAUCAUGACCCUGUAAUAACUUUCACGUAUGUUCCUCCUACUGCUAACUUUGCCACUGUUGACGAAAAUGCUAAAAAUGGUUCUCUUGUGGCAGCCAUAACUGUGACUGAUUUAGAUGCAGGGUUAAAUGGUAUUACUAGCAUAAGCAUAGUUGCAGGUAAUGAACUUAACCAUUUCCGUUUAGAGAAUUCAUCCAGUGUGUAUAUAGUGCAUGUAAACGGUGUUUUAGAUAGGGAAGAAAUUAGUAAAUAUAAUUUGACCGUUGUUGCUACUGACAGAGGAUCACCUCCACGAACUGCUACCUCAUUCUUAGUUAUUCAUGUCAAUGAUGUAAAUGAUCACGAACCUGUAUUUGAAAAAUCAGAAUAUUCAACGGUCCUGACAGAACUCGCUCCUUCCGGGUCAUAUGUGGCUAGUAUUACUGCUACUGAUGAAGAUACAGGAGUUAAUGCGGAAAUAUAUUACGAUUUCUACGAUGGUAAUCAACAGCAAUGGUUUACUAUUGAUCACUUGACAGGAUUGGUUACCACAAAGUCUAUAUUAGAUCGCGAAAUUCAAGGAACCGUUGAACUGAAUGUUUCAGCAAGAGAUGGUGGACCUAAUCCUAAAUGGGCAUACACUAGACUAAAGGUAACCAUUUUAGAUGAGAAUGAUGAAGCACCGUGCUUUUCACAACCGCAAAUUAAUGCAACAUUACAUGAAAACAUCAAACCUAUAAAGGAAAUACUAAUUUUGACUGCGUCCGAUUACGAUCAGGGUACUAAUGGAUCAGUGUCAUAUUAUUUACCUUCAAGCAUAGAGAGGAAAUAUCCUAAUACUUUUAUUCUGGAUCCCAUUACAGGACAGCUUAGUACAGUGAUCGAAUUGGAUAGAGAAAAGAUACCCCUAUACGAAAUUCAAGUACUCGCAAAAGAUCAAGGAUUCCCUCCACAAUCAUCUACUGCUACUAUAUUACUGAAAGUUCUUGAUGUUAAUGACAAUGAUCCAAUGUUUUACCCUCAAAGAUACAUCGAGAGUAUCAAUGAAGAUGUGCCAGUUGGGACGAAUGUUCUACAAGUUCGAGCAUUGGAUUUAGAUGAAGGUGAAAAUGCUAGAAUUAUGUUUAGAUUAGAAAGCGGUGGAGACGGCUAUUUUGAUGUAGAACCCUGGACCGGGAAUGUAGUAUUACAGAAAGAUUUUCGGAAAGCUCCAGAAACUGUAUACACACUGAAAAUAUCGUGUAAAGAUAAGGGAAAUAGACGAGCAUUUGAGGAUGCUAUAGUAGAAAUAGUAAAAACCUCUCAACGCAAAAAUCUUCAAUUUGAUGGUUACAAUGGGUAUACUUUCAAGAUUCUGGAAGAUGAAGGCACUUCAAAGCCAGAGAUUGGUCGUUUUGUGGGAAAAGUCAGCGCUAGAAUAUCUAGUGAUACAAUAUCGUAUUUCAUCUUAGAAGGAGAUUUAAAACAUGUUUUUAAAAUGGAUGAAAAGACGGGUGUGAUAACUACAGAUUCUAAUAUUGAUCGUGAAGAUAAAAUGACAUAUCACUUAAAAGUGAUGGCAAAGACAGGGGUUGCUUUCGGCUUUACAACUGUCAACAUAUCAGUUUUAGACGUCAAUGAUAACUACCCAAUAUUUAUCGAAGAUAGGGAUGAAAUUCAUAUUCCUGAAAACAUGGCCGUCGGGCAAGAAGUUUACUUUGCCAGAGCUACAGACCGCGAUUCAGGUUCGAAUAGAACGAUAUUUUAUUCGCUCAGUUAUAAUCCUGAAAAUAACUUUAGGAUUUCAGAAACCACAGGAGUUAUUUAUUUGAAUAAGCCAAUAUCAAGUGAACCAGGCACAGUUCUUUUCAUCGAGGUGACCGCUACUGAUAACGGGAGUCCAGCCCUAGCCGCAAAACACUCCAUAUCAGUGGUUGUUGAUGACGUCAAUGAUCAUACUCCAGUUUUUGAUCACACGUCUUAUGAAACAUCUUUGCUUGAAUCAACUUUAGUAAACACAAGAUUUUUUGCGAUAUCUGCAUCAGAUGCAGAUCUGGGACCUAGUGGUAGAAUUUCAUAUUUCAUCGCGGAAGGAAAUACUGACGGCAAAUUUGGUGUAUUCCCUGAUGGUUAUUUGUAUGUUAAAAGUUUACUAGAUAGAGAAGAACGUGAUUACUAUUCAUUGACGAUAAUCGCGACAGACCAUGGUAAACCAGCGAGAUCAUCACAAGUUCCAGUCGUUAUUCAUGUUCUAGAUGAAAAUGACAAUAGUCCACAAUUUACGAAUACCACGUUUAUAUUCAAAAUCAAGGAAAAUGAGCCACCUGAUACAUUCGUUGGAAAACUAACAGCUACAGACAGGGAUAUUGGACGUAAUGCUGAGUUGACGUUUUCUUUACCCAUUGCUCAAAAUGAUUUCAGGAUUGAUUCUAGGAAUGGAUUUAUAAAAACAUUGAAAUCAUUUGAUAGAGAAAGCUUGGCACAAAUGACAGGCCAGAACUACAUUACAUUAACUGUGACUGUUAGUGAUAACGGUAAAGUUAAAUUGUCUGAUUCCGUAAGAGUUACGAUUUACAUAACAGAUGUCAAUGACAACCCGCCUGUCUUUACACGCACUCCGUAUAAGGUCGAGAUAUCUGAAGGUGCCGCUGUGGGAGCUUCUAUAAUGCGAGUGUACUCCACAGAUGCAGAUGAAGGUUUGAAUGGUGACAUUUACUAUAAACUGAUUGGAGGUGAUGAUUUUGGAAAAUUCACUUUAGACGAAGCCACGGGACAGUUACUAAUCAAUAAACCCUUAGAUCGUGAAACAAUGGAUCACUACAAGCUUACAAUAUUAGCUCAUGAUUCCGGUCAGAUUAUUCGUUUAUCGGCCACAACGACGAUCACAGUAGAUGUGUUAGAUGAAAAUGAUAACGCACCAGUGUUUACUCAGACACAAAUGAAAGUGUCGGUCCUUGAAACAGAGCCAGUAAAUAAAAAAAUAAUUCAAUUCCACGCUACCGAUGCUGAUUUGGGUAUAAACCGGGAGUUGCAGUUUUUCAUCACGUCCGGAAACAGGAAGGAAGCCUUCUUUAUUGACAGCUAUUCGGGUGAAUUGUUUUUGCAUAAGCAAUUAGAUUAUGAAGAAUUGACUUCAUAUGUAUUGAACAUUACUGCCACGGAUAACGGUAACCCGAGUUUAUCAUCUAGCAUAUUAUUUACUGUAAAUGUAAUCGACGCAAAUGACAAUGCACCUAUAUUUACCAACACAGCUAUUGUACGACAAAUUAGAGAAGGUAUUCCGAAGCACACUCCAAUAGUGACUGUCACCGCAGAAGACCCAGAUUCUGGCUUAAACGGCAAAGUUUAUUAUUCGAUCACGCACCAAGACCCUAAUGACAGCAAGCGGCACUUUGCCAUAAAUAACAUCACUGGGGUCAUACAUACCUUAUUGCCUAUUGAUAGAGAAAGUAUUGACACGUUUAGAAUAACUGUCGUCGCGUAUGAUAGAGCCGAGCCACCAUCAGCGCGGCUAUCUGCUGAGAAAUUAGUUACUGUAAUCGUUGAAGAUAUUAACGACAACGCUCCAGUUUUCGUAUCCAUGAAUGCAGCCGUGAUCAACACGGAGAGACUAGGAAGAAGCGCAGGCCGUGGAAUAUUUAUUAUGAACGUAUUAGCCCGUGACUUAGAUUCAGGAACAAAUGGAUUGGUCACUUACAAGCUUAUCCACGGCGGCAAUGAUCUAUUCGAUCUGCACAGAAGUAACGGGGCAUUGACUUUACGUUAUCCUCCGGCGACACCAGAGGCACGUUGGAAUUUGGUCAUAAAAGCCACGGAUGAGGCUGUUUUGAGUGAACAAAAAAGUACUGAGGCCUACCUCACGGUGAUUAUGGGGGGUUCAGAGCUACAGGGUGUCACUUGGACUAAUGUAGGGUCGGUAUCUGUGGCUGAAAACGAACCCGCGGGUACAGCUGUGUUAAACUUGACUAAUAACUAUAAAUCCGGUUUAGAAUAUUACAUAGUGAAUGUGACUGGUGAUGGUAGACAAGUGGACAGGUUGUUUGACAUAGAUUCGUCUCUGGGAAUAUUAUCAACGGCAGUUUCUCUGGACCGAGAAGCUGGCGUGGAUCGAUACGAGGUAGAAAUAUGUGCAGUCUCGUCGGGGACACCUCUAAAAACGACAACAACUAAGGUAAGUUGGAAAUAA